AUGAAUGAUUUAAGUUCGAAAUUCCAGAGUCUGAAAGCUCAAAUUACUAGUUUUAGGCAUUCUAUUUCCCAAGAGAGCGAGAAAAUAGAGAACUUGUACGGUGGUUACGAGCUUGCAACGAAGGAAGCAUCACUUCGAGCAAAGAUAAGGGAAUUUUACUAUGUUAAGUGGAAAAAUGCACUCUUUAUGAAGUUGAUAAAGCAAAAACAUACACCAGAAAAAUCAAUUUCUUCAAGAAAUAAUCAUCAAGAAUUUCAUACACGAGAUAUCAAUAUUGCCGACCAAAAUUCAUACAGAGCAUCUAGCAUACAAGAUUCAAGCAAUUAUGAGCAUCCAAGACGUUCAAGAAUUCCUCCAAAAAUAAUUUCUAAAAAAUAUUCGCCAGUUAUUGAUGAACCACCUGCAAUACGAGUGAAAAGACCUGAAAGAUCUAUCACAUUGACAUCUUCUGAUGAUGAAGAGUCAGAAAUCGUAAUAAAAGCUCGUCAAUUACUUUUAAACACAAAUAAUGCUAUUGAAGCCAUGAAUGCGAAGAAGAACCCACCACCAAGGAAUACUUUUGCCGAAAGACUUGAAAAAAUUAAACUAAAACCUCUUUCACCUAAAAAUUCACCAGAAAAACAAAAAAUAACACAAAUACAGCCUCCAAGUGAUUCCGAAAAGUUUACAAAACAAGAGCGAUCAAUACUAUCAAACAGUGACGACGAAAAUUUACAAGUUUCUCCAUAUGCAAGCGAUGAAGAGAUGAUUGACAUUUCUCCUUACGCUACCGAGUCAGAUAACGAAAAAGAAGUCAUACAGAUCUCACCUUACAAUUCAGAAUCCGAAGAAGAAGAAAUUAAAAUUCAAAUCAGUCCUUAUCAGUCAGAAUCAGAUGAAGAUGACAUAAUAGACAAAAUACAUGAUAGCGAACUACUUGGCAGCAACCACGUCGAAAUUAAAAAGAAAAUAGAGAAAGAAUUUGAUGAAAUUGGAAUUUCAUCAAAUCUGGCAUCAACUGAGAAGCCAGACGAUGUAAGCAGUUACAAAUUCAACUAUAAUGUAUCAAAUGUUGAAUCAGAACAAGGAAAAGACUAUCAAAUUUCGGAAUUUAAAGUUAAUGAGCCACAAAUUUCCGAAAUAACUAAUGAAGACAAUGAAGAAGAGGAAGAUAUUCCAGAAUCCCAGCCAUCCUACAAUAAUCACCUCACAAUUAACGAUGUAAUCUCUGUUGACGAUUACGAUGUUCCGAAAGAAGGAGGUGAACUUCCCCCGGACUUAUCGUCCAUUCAAUCUUUUGGCCACGAAGUUUUCAACAAUGAAAACGAGCAACACUAUAAUAUGGACUCUUUGAACGAUGCUGAGUCAGAUGGGACCAUGACAACAGCCACAAACAACACAGAUCAAGCAGGUGUUGUUGAAAAUAUCAAAAUUGAAGAAAAUGAAGAAGAAAUGGAAGAUGAAAAUUUCUCUGAUGAUGAAAUCAAGUUGCCUGAUGAACAAGAUAUCGACGGAUAUAAUGAUGAUCAAAAUAAACAGGAUAUUGAUGAUGAUUUGAACCAAUCAAAAGAAAUUGCUGAUGAAAUUCUUAAAAAUCCAGUAGUUAUUCCUAAACCAACACCACCCAAAGAAACAAAACCAUUGCCAAUCCAAUCCCAACAGAAUAUACCAGUUCAACAACAAAAUAUUUCACAAAAAUCUGAUGAAACGCCAAAACAAGUAAUUCAAGAAGAUGAUGACGAGAUAUUUGUUCUUCAGCCUACAAAUACGCGUGAAAUACAUCUUGAUGAUGAAAAAACAGAAGAAAAAGAUGAAAUUCCACAAAAACAAGAUCCAAAUGAUAUUGAAUCGAUGCCAGUUAUUGAUGAAACAGAUUUAGAUGAUCCAGUCAAUCAAGAUACUGAUAUUCCUGUAAUUUCUCUUGAUUGA